CCAGAUUUGGGAAAAAAAAAGUUGUUUCACUUUAAAGUGGGAUCUAAAACUUCAAUUUCGAGCAGAUCGAGUGGCUGAUUGCUGAGAACAUCUCGCUGUACUUCAAACAAACGUCCAAAUCAUGUGGAGCGGCCAGAACGACGGCGACCAGCACGGUCAUGUGACUGCCAGGAUGGAGACCAGUUUGCCGAUGGGCACCACCAGUAUCUCCGUAUCGCAGCACCAGUCUCCCAAAAAGUUCGCCCCGGUGGUGGCACCCAAACCCAAGUUCAACCCCUACAAGCUGGGAGAGGGUCCGCACGACAGUGCAGGUGACUACCUCCCUCCUCCCCCGCCCGAGCUGGACCACAGCGGACUGUCGUACUCGUCCCUCCCGUCACCCCCAGCGAUGGACGAAUUUGGCUUCCAGAUCAGACGUCCGGAGAAGACCCUGGAGGAGCGGCGCUCCAGUCUGGACGCUGAAAUCGACUCCUUGACCAGCAUCCUGGCCGAUCUGGAGAGCAGCUCGCCGUAUAAGAGCCGUACUCCACAGAACUCCAACACUCUGCCCAUCAUGAGCCCCAACGCUCCGGUCACCGGCUACAAGCGCAUGGUCAUCCCCAACCAGCCACCUCUGACCGCCACCAAAAAGUCCACCCCCAAACCUCAGGCACCUCCGUCCACGGCUCCGGUCUCCUCUCCGGCCUCCCCUCCGGCACCGCGCCCCCAGCAGCCGGUCCCGGCCUCCUACAGCACGGCCUCCACCCCGAGCCAGCCCACCUACAGCGUCCAGGCACGCGCCGCCCAGCCUGGACCCCAGCAGCCCCUGCAGCAUCAGCAGCCGGGCCGAGCCCCGUACGCCCAGGGGCAGUACGCGCCCGCCCAGUACGCCCCGGCACAGCCACGGGGCCCCGACUUCGCCUACGGGCCCCCGCAGCCCACCUUCUCCCCCGCCGGAGGCUACCAUGACCCACACUACGGUGGACACCCAGCCCCUGCGGGCCAGAACGCCUGGAGACCCGAGCCAGGUUACCACCACCAACCGGCGCCCCCACACAGUCAGACCUACCAGCCACCCGCACCCAAGAAGACCUACAUUACUGACCCGCCCGCCAGCCUGGCACCGUACGGAGCGGGAACCAUGGGAGCUCAGAAGGCUCCUGCUCAGUCCACCGCUCGUCCUGAGGAGGAGCUGGACCGGCUGACCAAGAAGAUGCUGUUCGACAUGAACAACCCGCCAUCCGAGGAAUAUUUCGGCCGCUGUGCCAGCUGCGGGGAGAACGUGGUGGGAGAAGGAACCGGAUGCACGGCCAUGGAUCAGGUCUUCCACGUGGACUGCUUCAUCUGCAUGACCUGCGGCUCCAAGCUGAGAGGGAAACCCUUCUACGCCGUGGAUAAGAAGGCCUACUGUGAGCCGUGCUACGUCAACACUUUGGAGACCUGUAACAUCUGCAGUAAGCCCAUCAUGGAGAGGAUCCUGCGGGCGACGGGCAAGGCGUACCACCCUCACUGCUUCACCUGCGUGGUGUGCCACCGCAGCCUGGAUGGCGUCCCGUUCACCGUGGAUGCCUCCAACCACAUCCACUGCAUCGAGGACUUCCACAAGAAGUUCGCCCCUCGCUGCUCGGUGUGUAUGGGACCCAUCAUGCCGGCUCCCGGUCAGGAGGAGACGGUGCGCAUCGUGGCCCUGGACAGGGAUUUCCACGUGCAGUGUUACCGCUGUGAGGACUGCGGCUGCCUGCUGUCCGAGGGAGACAAUCAGGGCUGCUACCCGCUGGACGGCCACGUCCUCUGCAAGAACUGCAACACCAGCCGCAUCCAGGCCCUGACCGCCAAGGCCACCACCGACCUCUGAGUCCGUCCGGGCCCUGUACGCACGAGCACGUAUAAUCCCGCCGCUUCAGCUAUAUAUGUUUACUUAUCCGCUGCCGUGCAAGACGCAUUCGUUUAUUAUUAUUUUUAUUUUUUAAUUAGGCUCAGCGAGGGGAACAGUCCAGCAUUUUCCCACCCUCUUUCUAUCAUAUCUGCUUUAUUUACCGGAAAAUAAUAUUAAUAAGUAAACUAAAUCCUGUACUGUAACGAUAACAGUACAGUACAGAGGUAAAACAUCCAAAUCUCAGAUCUGCUGCCUGUCGGGCGCCUGUACGGACGAUAACCGGCUCAUCCGAGCGAGGCUUUCCGUAUAGAUUCCUCCUAACUGCUGCAGUUACGACCUCUGCUGGCUGAUCCAUGGUAUUACACCUCCACUGCUGCAGACUGUGACUAACACGUGUGCAGUACCGACCGAUUCCUUUCAUAUGGAGAUCCGUAUCGCACACGGAGACUCACUCAUGCCCCCGUAUCUGUGCAGUACAUCGAUCAGCCAGCAGAGGUCGUAACUGCAGCACUUAUGAGGAAUCUAUACGUAACCUCUCACUCAGAUGAGCAGAUCGUCGUCUUUAUAGGCGCCCAACAGGCUGUUAGCACCCCCGAAUAUUACAUAAGUUUUAAUACUCUAGUCUUUUAGGUAAAAGAGAUUUUUUUUUUACAGAAAUGCUGAAUAUUUUAAUGAUAUUAUGAAAUGUAGAAAGGCAAUCAGCAUGUGUCAUGUGUUUUAAUGCGAGUUUUAAUAAUUUUUCUGUUGUUUUUAGCCUCACGUUGCGUGAAUCAGUUGAAAAGCUGACCUUAUAUAUAUACAAAAAAAUGAAAUAAUAAAAAAACACAUUUAAAUGAUGUCCCAUUAUAAUAACUGUUAUUAGAAACAUGACACUGCGGACAUAUUUGGCUUUUUUUUUUGGUUAUAUUUAUGAAAGGUUAUGUUAGCGAUAUAGAACAGUAAAUUUAUAGCUUUAAUUACGACGUUUUAGAUUUAUUAGUUGGAGCUGAAAAUACACAAAUAGAGCUUAAUUUAAAGCUCCGCUACGCUACGGUUUUGUGCUGGUUGUAUUGAACCUGUGCUCCUCCACUCUGGCUGGAUGUGUCUCUCGGUACAUUCCUACUAAAUCAUACUUGUGUAUCGUGCUUAUUCACUUCAUUAAGGUUUAUAAUACAUAAUAGGACUGUGAACACCAGCAUUAGCAUCAGUGUACUGCUGCUUCCUCCUGCUAUACAGUACACCGCUUUAUACCAGCGCAGUUAUUAUAUUUAUACAGUGUGUAUAUCAGGAAACAAUGUAUUUAGUGCAACCAACAGAGUCCCGGGCGGGGCUUUUCUGUUCGCUGUGAUUAUCAGACGUUCCCGGAGUGAACUGUGACACAGUGAAUAUAAUCAGUGUGACAAUCAGAGUAUAAACACACGUUAUAUAGCAUUAAAAAUCACUCAGCAGCCUAGUAUUUAAAUAAAGAAACGCCUUUAAUUCACACUGCCGCAGUUUAUAAAUUCAGUGAUUAAAGAAAGUGUUGUAACCAAUAGAAAAGUCCUCAGAGUGACGGAACUGAUUCCUCUGCUUUGUGAAAGAAAGAACAAUAUGCAAUUGUGUGUUUUAUCGUUGCAUUGACACUUUAUAUGAAAUCAUAUGCAAACUUUAGGUUUUUACUCUUCAGGAAAUGUUGAGAUCGUGAUGAAUAUAUAAACAACAUCCAUCUGAAA